AUGGGACAAAAAUGGGUGAGGAAACUUGUGGAUGACGGACUUCGGCUAUACAGAGAUCAGGAACCCUACGAAGCAGUUGUGAAAUGGAAGAGGGCCGUGGCCAAGGCAACAGACGGACGAGAUAAAUUCGUUGCGCUGGGUUACUUGGCGUGGGCCCACUGCGAAUGGGGUAAAUACAGAGACAUGUUGCACUACUCCGUGCAGCAAAUCGAUGUGGCGAACGAGACGAACAGCAACGAAAUGAGAGCCGAGGCAUAUCUUAACUUAGCGCGAAGCAAUGAGAAACUGUGCGAGUACCAUAAAGCCAUUUCAUAUUGCAGACAUUCGCUGAGUCAGGCUACGAAGAAUCCCAAGACGCUGGGUCAAGUGUAUCUGUGCCUUGGUAACGCCUACCUCGGUUUCAGCGACUUCCAGAAAGCACUGGAAAACAUGCACAAUGCGUUGCAUUUAGCGCUAAAGAACGAGGACAGAAGCUUGGAGUGUAACACGUAUGGAAGCUUGGGAGACUUUUAUAUUUUGCUGCGCGACUACGAGAGGGCGUUGCAGUAUCAUCUGAAAGGUGCUGAAAUGGUGGCAAAAUGCGGAGAGGACUGGAGUGUUAAGUUUCACACACUUGCACGUCUCAAUCUAGCGAACCCAUAUCGUAAACUACAGAGACUGAACAUUGCACUCGAGUGUACCGAGGACGCAAUGAAACUGGCUUUACAACAUUGUGACAGGAACACGCAGUCGAGGUGUCUGUGUUUAUUUGCCGAUAUUCUCAUUGACUGGGCGAUGAAUAAGACCACCAGCGAUCGUAGAAGAGGGAUCACCUGGUCUAUGUUCUCAGUCUUAGAAGAUCUGGACUUCACAGAUGACAUCGCGCUCCUGUCAUCUAAGCAAGGUCAAGUGCAGGAGAAGACCAGACGACUCAGCUACUAUGCCAAACAAAUUGGGCUCCAAAUUAACACAAAGAAGACCCAGGAAAUGAGACUCAACUCCACAUGCAACAGUAGACUGGUUAUUGAUGGAGCAGAAAUUGAGCAGGUGGACCAAUUUACCUACUUAGGUGCAGUCGUGAGCAAUGAGAACCCCACACCAAAGGACAUUGAAGGCAGACUAGCCAAAGCAAGAUCUGCAUGGUUGUGGCCCAUAUGGAAAUCCAGCCAGUAUAACAUCAGCACUAAAGUCAAAAUUUAUAACAGCAAUGUAAAAUCCAUUUUACUGCACAGGAGCGAAAGCUGGAGGGUCACCAAGGUUGACAUGAAAAAGCUAUCAAGCUUUCACCAUAACUGCCUCAGGCGCAUCUGCAAAAUGUUCUGA